GGACCACAGCUCCCGGCAUUCCCGGGGAGGCGCGGGGCUAGCGUAGCCUCCGCCCCGCGCCCUGCUUUACCACUCGUCCCGCCCCUCCUCGUCGCCUCCGAGCCAAUGGGAAGGCUCCAUACUGCGGGGUGCGAAGGGGCCGGCGCCGCUGCCGAGUUGCGAGUCGGCGAAAGCGGCGGGAAGUUCGUACUGGGCAGAAGGCGACGGGUCUGCGGCUUAGGUGAAAAUGCCUCGUGUAAAAGCAGCUCAAGCUGGAAGACAGAGCUCUGCAAAGAGACAUCUUGCAGAACAAUUUGCAGUUGGAGAGAUAAUAACUGACAUGGCAAAAAAGGAAUGGAAAGUAGGAUUACCCAUUGGCCAAGGAGGCUUUGGCUGUAUAUAUCUUGCUGAUAUGAAUUCUUCAGAGUCAGUUGGCAGUGAUGCACCUUGUGUUGUAAAAGUGGAACCCAGUGACAAUGGACCUCUUUUUACUGAAUUAAAGUUCUACCAACGAGCUGCAAAACCAGAGCAAAUUCAGAAAUGGAUUCGUACCCGUAAGCUGAAGUACCUGGGUGUUCCUAAGUAUUGGGGGUCUGGUCUACAUGACAAAAAUGGUAAAAGUUACAGGUUUAUGAUAAUGGAUCGCUUUGGGAGUGACCUUCAGAAAAUAUAUGAAGCAAAUGCCAAAAGGUUUUCUCGGAAAACUGUCUUGCAGCUAAGCUUAAGAAUUCUGGAUAUUCUGGAAUAUAUUCACGAGCAUGAGUAUGUGCAUGGCGAUAUCAAGGCCUCAAAUCUUCUUCUGAACUACAAGAAUCCUGACCAGGUGUACUUGGUAGAUUAUGGCCUUGCUUAUCGGUACUGCCCAGAAGGAGUUCAUAAAGAAUACAAAGAAGACCCCAAAAGAUGUCACGAUGGCACUAUUGAAUUCACGAGCAUCGACGCACACAAUGGCGUGGCCCCAUCAAGACGUGGUGAUUUGGAAAUACUUGGUUAUUGCAUGAUCCAAUGGCUUACUGGCCAUCUUCCUUGGGAGGAUAAUUUGAAAGAUCCUAAAUAUGUUAGAGAUUCCAAAAUUAGAUACAGAGAAAAUAUUGCAAGUUUGAUGGACAAAUGUUUUCCUGAGAAAAACAAACCAGGUGAAAUUGCCAAAUACAUGGAAACAGUGAAAUUACUAGACUACACUGAAAAACCUCUUUAUGAAAAUUUACGUGACAUUCUUUUGCAAGGACUAAAAGCUAUAGGAAGUAAGGAUGAUGGCAAAUUGGACCUCAGUGUUGUGGAGAAUGGAGGUUUGAAAGCAAAAACAAUAACAAAGAAGCGAAAGAAAGAAAUUGAGGAAAGCAAGGAACCUGGUGUUGAAGAUGUGGAAUGGUCAAACACACAGACAGAGGAGGCCAUACAGACCCGAAGUGAGGAGUCCCAAGGAGCAAUACAUCGAAGCAUGUCUCAGCCAGAGGCUAGCAGCAGCAGCUAUGACAGUUCAAGAACCAGAAAGAGAGUCCAGAAGUAAUUGAGAUGCUGUGAACCAGAUUUCCUGUUUUCUUUUGACUUUUUUCUCCUUUUCUAUUUGAACUGUUUUAUUUUCCUGUGAGUCUUGCGAGGUGGAAGUAAUGAUUAAAUACUCAUGUGUUCAGAAAACAUAAACUUUUUUUAUAAAAAUAUUUUGUACAAUUCAUUAAAGGCUAAUUUAUGAAAUUUGAAAAUCUUCAGGUUAUACUCCUUAAGUUAUCCCAAAGCCGUGUGUUUGUGAUGUUUUGGAGUACAUAUAUAUGAAAAUUAUUAUGACAUGCACUUUUCUAAUCAUUGUACAUUUCUCAGAGUGGAUAAAAAUGUUUGACAAAGUCCUCACUUUUAAGGAAAUGCAAAGCUUAAAAUAAAACUCUCUUUUGUUUGAUGCAAACGCACAGUAUGUUGUGGCUGUAAGGUUUGGUUUGUAUUGAUUUUGUUCUGUUCCCAAAGUCUUUUAUUAAACACCUGCUGUAUGAGACAGGAGGUACAAAGACAGGAAGGAAUAUGAAAUAAAAAGUGGAGGAAGCGUAUCCAUGAGAGAGAAAAUCUACAUAUAUGAAAGAUUACAUAAGAAUUAUGUCAGUAUGCAAGCUGUAUGACAAGAAAACAAGUGACAGAUGAUCAAAUGGUGGUGUGAUUAAAGAUUGUGUAAAGACUGGCUUCAUCUACGGAAGUCCUAUGAACUAGAUAUUAAUAGAUGGAGCCUAUUGUUCAUUCACAGAAGUUUAUUUUUCUUAAAAGUUUCACUUUCAUAGCAUGUAAUAUUUAUACAGUAAACCAAGCACUUCAGAGUUUCAGUGAUCAGAAAGUUUAAGAUCUGAAAUGUUUUUAGUUGCCUUGGGAACAAAAGCUUGUAAUUUUAACACAUUUAUGAACAAUUUCAUGAUUCAUUCCUCAGAGUUUUCUUGGUCAGAGAAAUUGGGAUUGGACUAUAUUUUCUGAUGGAUGGCGUGCCUUACCACUUAAUAACAUGCACAGUGUGUUUAGAAGGUAUAUGGACAUAGUUUCACUUAAAUAUUUAAGUAUAUUAAUAUGUAUUCAGAAUACAGCUAGCACAUUAAACUGGUGAUUUGUCUACUACUUAGGACAAGCCUAAAGUAGGUAUUUCAAUUUUUAAAAGCAAGUCGAUUUGAGGAAAAAAAUAAGUAAAUGUACAGGUGGGAUAUGGACAUACCAGAAAUUGUGAAGGUUGGACCAAAUUUGAGAAACUAUGAACCAGUACAAAGACUAUAACUUUUGGCUCUCUUAUGUGGAUAUUUAGUUGUCAUGUGAAGCAUUUAUCACUGAAAUGGUUAGAUACUGAAAAAUGCAAAACAUCUACAGACUUUCCUUUGAAGAUUAACCUUUUAAUGCCUCCUGAAGUUCUAGAGCAAUGUAUCUUUACAGAUUAGAAAAUUUGACUUUGGGCAGAGGCUCCUCCUGCUUUCUGUAGAAUGUUACGUUUUAGUACUCAUCAGUGUUAAUCCCCCAAGUUUAUUUGUAACACCUAAAUCAACUCUCAAGUUCCAUUUUAAACACAUUAAUGCUUAAAAUAAACUGUGUGUGGUAUGUUUUUCUGUA